UUGUUGUUCUCUUUAUUUCGGUUCUCUCGAGAUUUUGAAGAACUUUCCAAUUAUGAACAGGUUAAAACGAAGCUUAAGUCUAAGAAGCUCAAAAAGGCACAUACCAGAAAGCGUAAGACCGCAAAUCUGGGAAAACGACAGCUACAAAGUUCGCAAUGGAGGAGUUAGUUUUCCGGUUAAGGUAAGUCUUUCUAAAUAAAGAGACUUUUACUGGCAUUUGUUGUUGUACUUAUUGGUUAUGAACUUGCUAUAAUGACGACAGAAAAUAUAUAAGUGAGUAAAUCCAGAUUUUCGAUUAAUUUGAGAACGUGCAAUUGCUUUAGUACGUAGGAGCAAUAGAAGUAACUGAAUCAAGAGGAACCCAAGUUUGUGCCGAGGCUUUUCGUAAGAUGAAAGAGGUAAGCUUUCUACAUGAACUUCUUUGAUUUCCGUUCUAAAUAUAACAGUCUGAAACGGGGUCUUCCUCUAAAGUCUUUGCUGUCACUGCACAUCUUUUUAUACCGUAUCGCGUCUUUGCUCUUACGUUGGUUAGCUUAUAGACAGAUAUUACCAAGUCGUUGGAUUGAUAACUUUCGUGUCGAUCUGACAAGGCCUGUUAAUUCCUCUCUCUAGGUUGGCACUGCGAAGAAGAAACGAAUGCAACUUCUUGUUACGGCGGAUUGCUUGCGAGUUGUAGAUGAACAAACUAAGGUCAGUGAUAUGUAUUUUUUUGUAGUAAGCAUUAAUUCGAUUGAAAUUCAAUGUGUGUGAAAUGAAUAAUGGUUGUACACUACGAUCUGACAUCAUAUGAUUAUCGCCAAAACUUAAGAGUGGUCGGCAGUAUUGCUUAUGUGUUUUGAUGGCUGUUGCGUUUGAAAGUUUCCUUCAAUUCUAUUUUUUUCUGUUACCCCGGUGUUACUCAGCAAUGCGUGUGAAAACGUGGAAUUAUAAAUUACAAAUUGCCUUACAAAACCUGAGAUCUGUCUUACCGUAUAUCAACAACAAGAAAUAUCGAUCGAAAGUUGAUGUGAGAUUAAAUGGUUCAUCGGAUUCUUCAUUGAUAUUGGUCUAUUGUUACUUCGAUCGUUUCUUCGGAACGUCGACAUAAUGGAUCGACAAUUUCCUGGAUGCUUGGGAUACUAUUUUACAAACGUUAAAUGAUUAUAUUUUUGGUUUUUAUUGUUUACUGUCAUUGAAAACUAAAUAUACGAGACCGGGAACACUAAAAUACACCAAAGAUGUUAGUUCAAUUACUUGCUCUACUUUGUUUAAUAUUUAUUCUUGAGGUCCACCUUUUUUUAUAUAUUAAAUUCUGUCUGAGCAGCAAAAGCAGCAACACCAAAAAUAGGUAUUGCAUUUAUGGUUUUGGCUGGAUCACAACAUAUGUUGUCAAAAAAGGAACUUUGUAGAAACAGCUGAAUUGUAAAAGAAAACUGUCUUAAUGUUUAAAGAUGAAAUAUUUGAUAUGAAGUACAGGACGCGUUUGAAUACUCUUAAUUUUAGACUUUUUUCUUGGGAUGAAUAAUCAAGUGAUCUCCACAUUUAUUUUUAAGGCAGUCAUUUAAAAGAUCUGUCUUUCAAAGCUGAUUAUGUGUUUUCUUCUCAAGCAUGUUUAUGACUAUUUGUUUAUUGUGAAUCUAAGAUCCUGUGGUGGCAUAAUGUUUUAUUUAUUUCAAAUCAUGUCUUCUUAAUAAUCUUGAAAGCCAAGGAAAAUUUUGAGAUAUUUAGUUUUGAACAAUGACAUUUGACAUGCAGAUGUAAAUGCCAAGUUGUUAUUAUUCCAGUGUCAUUUUAACUUUGUAUCCCCACUUGUACUAUUGUAGUUAAACUGAAUGUAAAGGCUUGCCCCAGUUGGAGACCUUUGCUCUAAUGUACCUUUCAUUGGCUUUGAUAAUUGGGGAGUAAGUGUUGAGCUGGUCUGUGUGGUAGAGAAUUAGAUCUUCUGAUGGUAACUUUGCAACAAAUUGGAAAAUAUGUGUGGUAUUUUACAUGAAAUCCCUCCUUGUUAGACUUUGUUUUGAACAAAUUGAGGGGAAAGAAGGAAGUAGCUUGUACACUUUGAUAUUAGCAUAGUCCCCUAAUCCAUCUACACAGGGCCCCCCCUUAGAGAAGUUGAUGACAAGUGAAUAAAUAGAGUUUCAUAAAAUCGGAGAUGUAGCUAAAAGCUGGCUGCUGGCUAAUUUCACCAGAUGAGAGUUUACUACUGGCUCAAAUUGCUCUGGAAAACAAAGACAUUGGGACAUUUUGAAGGUGCCGCAGUUGACUAAAAAGCUGACUUGACUACGCUACGCUUCUGAUUAAAAAUGCAAAGUUUUGCUAGUAUUUACCAAAGGACUGAGAACCAUAGUGAAGGAUUCAGAUUAUUAUUAAUCCUUAGUAUAUGCAUAAUUCAUAUCCUUAUGUGUGUGCAUUUUUUGUGGUAUGUAAUGAGCUUGUCACUAUAAAUGAAUAUAGCCUCAAAUAAGAUUCAGUAAAAGAAUUGUUACAUUACAUUUUGCGAAAAAGAUAACAAGAGUUGAAAUAAUUAUUUUGCUCUUCUUUCUAUUUUACCCUGAACCUCCUGCAAUUAGAAGAUUUUGAUGGUAUUUCUUUAUUUACUCAAUUUAAUUACAUAGAUAAAUUUUAAACUAUUAAGUAAAUUUGUCUCCAGUGAUUUAUUAUAUUUUCACUCUGCUGAUUAGCAGGACUACAGUGUAUGGGCAUUUUUGAAAAAACUGUUUCAGUAGUUAGUCAAUAAUACUGUUUUCUGGUUUCCUUAAAAAUAAGUCCGAAAAAAUAAAAGAAGCCAUGAUAACUAUUAACAAUCAGUUUCGUGGUUAUUAUUAUUUUUUUUUAUGUAUAGCGUGAUUCUUUCACCAUGCCUGCUGGCUCACAUUUUUGUCUUUUUUGUGCAUUUGUGUAGACAGAAGCAAAGAACUGUCAAACAAAAAGGUUAUGAUAUAUGAAAUCAUAUGUAUGCAUGUCAGAAGUUUGUGGUUUAAAUUGCUUUUGGGUGAAAAACAGUGCAAUUUGUGGUUUUCAUGGGGCUCUAUAUGAAAGAUGAAUUGGUAAAUAGUCAAACAAAACCUGAAAUAUAAUAAUAACCUCAAAACAAGCAAGUUUACAGUUGAGAUAGUCUUUAAAUCGUGUUAGUCUCAGAAGAGUGGAAUGGUAUCUUACACACUCUCUGUAUGUGGACUUGCUUGCCACACCCAAACACAUUUUAUUUAUGUAUUUCUUUGGUUUACUUUAAAUUGAGAGCUUUCUGUGACCAAUUUUAGUUAAAUAUUUUGUUGAAAUUGAAUAUUUCUGAUUCAAGUUGUGGGUUUUAAAUUUGAAGUGCACAAAGUGAAACAUAUUUUAUGAAAGCAAGCCUGGAAAUUAUUGAAUUUAAUUUGAAUUCACAAAGAAUAUUUUUUGAACACUGAAUUCUAGUUUUUUUGUUUUUUCUUGAGAUGAAAUUUGGAAUAAUGUAUUCAAUAUACUGGGGUAUUAUUUUUUCAUAUAAAAAUUUCUGUAUUAACUACUUGUGCAUAAAUCGGUGUUAUGAGAAUUUUAGCUGUCCGCUCUGGUGCAGAGUGCAAUAACCUUAACUUUGUCAGAAUGUGCCUAAUUAAUUCAAAUUCUUUAACCCAAUAUAUUAAUAUGAUAAUAUGAAAUUUUGGUGCCCUUAUAUACAUGUAUCAGCUGCUCUCGCUUAGUUUUGGGCCUGGAAUUUCUAGCCUCUCAUAGAUUAAUAAUAGUUAUUUUUGACAGUGCGUAAUUUUUAUUGAAAACGACUGAAAUCAACUUUUAAAACAAGAAACACUAUUGGUUAAUAUUGAGAUACUUUCUUUAGAUGACAAUAUUUUUAAAGUUGUGAGCUAAUUAUUUUAAACAAAACUCCAUAGCAGAAUAUAGGUGAUGGACCCUGAAUCUGGGAUGUUCAUAAUUAAUUAUACAGAUUGUUUCAUUUUUCAUUUCUGGUGAGGAAGUGCUGGUGUUGAAUGCAAUUUGAAUUUUGGAUAAAAUUUAUGUCAGCCUUUUAAUAAUUUAACAAUUAGUGAAUGAGGCUGAGUAUCUUAUGAAGAAUUAUAGAGAUCGAGUAGGGUAUUACAGCCUCGACCGACAACACCCUCCAAGAUCUCCAUAAUUCUUCAUAUGAUACGAAAGCUGCAUGAAUUCAAUAAUUGUUUUAUUAUUCAUUCAAAAUAGUUCCUAGUUUAAAAACUUGGCUAGAACAUGCUUACCUCCAUCGAUCCAUCGAUGUUCAUCUUCGAUACUGCAUGUUUAGGGUUGUUAAGCUCUGCAAAUAUUCUCCAAAUAGCAGAUAUCGCCCUUUGAGUUGUCCUCUUGCUGUUAUUGCCAUGUGUUUAGCUAUUAUUUUGCCUAGAUCUUACUCUUGAAACAAGUGAAAUGUCCCCCAUUUCUGUUUUCACAACCAAAACAACUCAACCUCGUCCCAGGUCUUCUCGGUUAACGUUGCAUUAACCUGCAAGAAAGCUGCACUUUUGACGUCAUCGGUUCAUUAAACACAAAAUUCUUCCAAAUUUAGUCAUCAGUAGCUGUUUAUGGUGAAUUAUGCGUGUGCUUUUAGCCAGUCAGAAUCGGGGAAAUACUUUGAAUGAAUAAUAAGAAAUAUUAAUCAUUUAUCCAGCAGAAGACUUUGUCGUAUCUUUGUAGGAAAAUUUUGUGCCAGUUUAUUGUACAUGUAUAUAUUAUCUAAUCAUUCUUGCUCCUAAUUUGUUGAUUGUUGUGAAUCAGUGAUUAAUGCCAUUGUCACUUCUAUGUUUCAGUCACUUGUUAUUGAUCAGACAAUUGAGAAAGUCUCCUUUUGUACCCCUGAUCCCAGUAAUGAGCGAGUGUUCUCAUACAUCUGUCGUGAUGGAACCACAAGACGAUGGAUUUGUCACUGUUUUAUAGCCAUGAGAGACACAGUGAGUGUUCGACCUUCUUUGUAGCAAUCUCCUUUAACAAACAAUGUUGAGUUGUGUAGCAUAUCUCAUGUUAGAACUGUCAUGUGGUAGUGUAUGGAUUUCCAUUUUCAAAGAUUCUGUACUUUGUUCAAGUCAAGAUUGUACCCUUCUUUUUUUGCUUCAGGGAGAACGUCUGAGCCAUGCUGUUGGCUGUGCUUUUACUGCAUGUCUUCAGAGGAAACAGAAGGCUCAAGCUCUACAACAACAGCAUAAAGAGGUUGGUUGUUCUGGAUGACGUAUCAUGUUCCUACUGUGGUGAAGGUCCAAACAGUUUUUUGACUUGAUGUUAUUUGCUUGGGGUAACGGUGACACCAUUUUUUGUGUGUCAUAUCCUCAACCUAUUCAUAAGAGUACAAGUAAUAUUACUUCCACAGCUGCUUCAAAGUCAAACAUCUUGCCAUACAUUCCAACAUUAUUGAAAAAGUGCUGCUCUUGUCUUUAACUCCUUUAGACUCAAGUUCUUAAAAGUACUGUAUUCUUUUUAAGAGGUAGAAAGAACUCUCGGUUCCCUGGCUGUUAUUUAUUGAUAAUAAUUGUAUUUUUUAGCUGCAUAUAAUAAAUUAUUGCCUUUUUGGUAUGAAGUGCCAUACCAUACAUCAAGAAGUCAAAACCUGUUCUUCUUAUCUUAUUCUCACUUUUUGUGUGUAUUUGUUUGUUUCCAAUUGUAGCAGCAGCAGCAGCAGCAACAACACCAAGGAGGGCAGCCUUCUGCCUCAGCAACUGCCACACUCAGUACUUCAAGCACUGCACCACUGGUGAACGGGACAAGUCCAUCAAAUCAACCAGCACCUCAGCAGCCUUCUCCAGGGAAAAUUACUACCCCUACCCCUACACCCUCAUCAACUACAGUCCCUAUAUCUGCUGCAGCAGUGCCGUCAAAUGUCUCUAUGGCUCCAAUUAACAAUGGCACUGUGGUUACUUCAACACCGCAACAGCAGUUGCCAUCUUCAAGCCAACCAAAGCAAAGCAAUGCAGCUACUCCCAUUCUUAAGCCCCCACCUUCAGUUGCAAGGCCACGCCCACAACCAUUCAACCCAUCACCUUUUACUCGUCAUAUGUCUCUGAGAUAUCGCUCCAAUCCUCUUUCUUUUAUGCCUCUUCGUGGAGAUACAAGUGGCUAUGAGACCCUUACAGAGGAGCCAUCUGUUCCUCAGUUGCCUCCACCUAUGGAUGCCAUCACACUGCAGAACAACACACCAUUCACAACAUCUGGGGCUCAACCCACUGGGCCACAGAGCAGUACUCCAAGGCAACCAAACAACAUGUACAAUGGGUUGGGUGCAAAUUCACCAUCAUCUGUACAAGCCCCUAAUACAUUGCUGAACUUGAGUAGAGGAAGUAAUGUACCAAGUACAGCAGCAGUACCAUCACAGCCAUUUGCUUCCUCUUCAGCGUCACCUCAAGUCAAGGGACCCACCCAAUGGAGCACCCCUACCCAGCAGCCACAUCCAGUUAAGCCACAACCACGACUUUCUGAUGCUGAGAUGUGGCUGGCAACUGCCUCUGGAAAGGCAGUGGAGCCAGCAGGGACAACAGCCCAACCAAACCAAGGUCUCCUUACAACUGUAAACCCAUUUGCAGAAACAGCAUCACAGAUUGAUGCACUUUCAAAUGCAUGGACUAGUGAUUUGAAGGCUACUUUGCCAUCAAGUGGUACCUCAUCUCAGGGAAAUACUUCCUGGUCAGCGGCAUCUUGGGAACAAAGUUCUGCACGUACAACAAAUGGCAAUGACUUUGCUUCUCUAUUUGACUCUCGACAGAUAAGUUCACCACCUCGAGUACCUCUCACUAAGAAGGAUUCCAAUCCAUUUAGCCCAUCUAGUCAGGAUCAAGUGUUUUGGGUGUGAUCGCAGUGUAGCUGAUCUGUGAGGGGGUCACUUUACUUAUAAUUAGAUAAAGUGUUUUUUUAGAUAACUCUAACAUUAAGAUAAGUUGGUGAUACUGUAGGGAUAGUUUGAUUAGUCUCUUCUUUGUUAGUUUGAUGUUGUCAUGUAUUUGAAAUUUUGUUCAUACGUGUAGUCAGGGCAACAUGAUAAAGACAUGUAUGCAAGAUUAAAAUAUUAGUAUUUGAUCUUGAAUACUAAGCUUUGAAAGUAAUGCAACCUUCAUAUUAGAAAAUUAUUUUUAGAGGCUCAAGUGUAGAUAUAUGUGUUUAAGGGAAGGGCUGUUUUUUUUUUUAAAUCCUAUCAAGCACUAUCAAUGGAUAGUCAGACCUCAGAGACAAAAAUAGCAACUCUCAAACUCAGUAAAAAUCAUUGUUUUUUAUCCAAAUUAAAAUAUAACUGCAGCCAUCACACUCGCUAUUAGUCUUGUGUUGAAUUGCAAUGGUUUUCCAUUGUAAAGGGCUUAAACGAAACCCUGAGAGCAGGGUUCACAAAACUCUUUCAGCAAAUUAAACUUCAUGGUUCUUUUAGUGGAUCUACAGGGUGCAUAGAAAGUCACUUUUAAAGCUUGCCAUUUGGGCAAGCUGAAGCUAGCAUAUACUAGCCCAAACGUCAUUUCAACUAGCCCCAAAAACAUUUUGAUGGGCAGAAUUGAUUUCACAGUUCUUCUGUAAUUUGAAUUCCUCGUAAAACUUAACUUGCCCGCCGGGCAAGUUAAGAACAAAAUCCACUAGCCCAGGGUUAUCGGACUCUACUUUCUUUGCACGCUGAUCUAAAGGGGAGGCUAGUCUGCACAAAAUAAUUUAAAAACUCUAUUGUAAAAUACUAAUAACAAUAUUAACCACAUGUGUAUUUAAAACUUACAGUAUUUACUAUUACAUUAUAAAAGCACUAAUGAGCUUCUAUUGAUGCCUGUAAACAACACAAUGGGCCAUCAUUUCACUCUGUUGCACCAUCCGUGGCUCAAAUGAUUUAAGUGGUUGUUCAUUGUAAGAUUUCAUCCAAACACAACAAAGCUUGUACAGUGUUGUGAAAGCACUUUUAUGAAAUUUGAUUCUAAUAGUUAAUCCUUUUUGUUAAGUUAUUUCAUGAAAUUUUGUUACUAAAAAGUUACCAGAUGUAAUAAUGGAAGCUUGAUAUUUUGGAGUGGUUUAAGGAAAGGUUUACUGCCGAAGGUGGAUUUAAUAGUGUAGUUGUUCUGAUGACAGGGUUGAAGGGGGGAGAUUUCUAAGUUAUAUGCAACUGAAUUUUUUUAUUGAUAUUGUCAAGAUCACCUUUGUGGAAAAGAGUAUAAUAAUUUCAUUCUUUUUGUCUCUCUUUAACUUCAGAUAAUUCAUAUUUUAGUACAAUGUUUGGUAGAGUUUUGCUUUGUUCAUAAAUUUUUAGACAAAUAAGUCAGUUUAAGAACUGUUUUGACUUUUAGAUGAUGGGCUUGCCACCUUUUCAAAGAUUGAAGGUAUUCUUAGUUUGUAUUUUAAAUCUUUACACAAUUUAGGGAUUUUACUAUUGUUACUCACUCUUGUUUUCUAUCUUCAUGGGUGUGUUUCUCACUGUUUUUAUAUGCACUGAAAUUUUUGGUAAGUAGGCCAUGUGCAUCAUACAAAGAGACUAGAUGAGAAGGCAAACUUUCUCUGCAUUUCCAUUUAAGAGGAAAAAAAAAUGAAGCUGCAACUUACUUGCAUGCCUGCUAAACCAAUGUGAGAAGUAUUACUUAGCUUGAGCAUUUCAUUAUUCAUUUAACACAUGCAGUGAGCAAAAUUAGUCUUGCAUAAGUUUGUGUAACAGAUGAGAGAUUACAGAUGAACGUGAAACGAUAUAGUAGGUUGUUAUUGCUCCUGUUCAUGCAAUUAUGACUUUUAUCUAUAUUCACUUUAUAGAAAGAUUUAUAGCUUGUUUGCACCAGGGAUUAAAGAGCAAUUCAAUGUCACUUGCAUGUUAUUAUAACUUAAGGUUGUCCUUAAUGGCUUUUACAUGUGUAAAAUUAAUUGUAUUAUAAAAAUUGGCAUACAUGUAUUACGACCGUAUAGUUGGUAGAUUUUUCACUUAAAGAUUUCAGAAUUAAGUGUAGAAUUAAAACUUAAAUAAAACGUUUAGAAGUGAGGGUGUGUUCCCAAAGUAUUUUGUGAAAAGAAUCCAAAGAAUAUAAGAUCAAGAGUUUAAUCUUGGAUUCUUUCAAAGUAACACACCCUCAUUGUUAAUACAGUGCACCUGUGCAAUAACUGAAGCUUGAGGAAGUGGAUCAGUUACUUCUAUAUCCUCUCAACUUUGGUUGUUGUGGAAGAAACCCUUUAACAGGAGAAAAGUAUGGUGUACUUUAAUGGUCUUGGAUUCCUUAUUUGAAAGCGCUGCCUCAGAACCAAGGAAUCUCUUGUUUGUGGUUAUACUUGGCUGGUCAGAGUGCGUGUAGGUUUAUGUGAGCAGUGAUACUUACAAGACAUUGACUCUUUUUUAAUGCAAAUUGUAUUUUUUGUAAGGAAUCCAUGAAAAAAGGUCUGGUAUGAAUAAAUUUAUCUCUUCGCCAUUGGCAUCUUGAUGCCUCAUGUUGCAAAAGCAGCAUUUUAAAAUUAAUUUGCUUUACUUAUCUUAUUUUACUAUUUGAUUAAUAAUUGUGCAAGACUGGGUAGUUGUUGUAAUGUAGAAUAAUAUAUUUUAAAACAAUACAUACACAGAGGAGCUUGCUUGUGGACAUGCAUGCAACAUGCACAACCUUGUUCUUAUGGUCCUAGUGAGAGAGAACCCAGGAACCAAGGUUGCAACUAGAUUACAAAUAAGACUAAGAUGGGGGACUAUCAUGUAUUAGUAAAAUCCAACUAGUGGUCUAUUAGCAAUGCUGUGCUCUGAUUGGUUGAGCUACUACUAGGCUAUAUGUUAUAGCCAACUAGUAGUGAAGUGCUGGCUUUGAAAACCAAAACAGUUGUGGCUGAAUCGCAUUUUACUAGCUAAAGUUGUUUUGUCUCAAUAUUUUUGACCAACUAGUUGGAUUUUACUAAAACUCCUCUUGCCCGCAUGGCCUCUGAGUCAAUAUCCAAUUCAGCCUUUGGCCUCAUGGGCUAUUAACUCAGAGUCCAUUUGAAUUAGAGGAAUAAUAAUUGUUAAAUAAUUUUUGACACGACUAAUCUUGUCUGUAGGCUUCUUUAUACAGUUUCAAUGAACAGGGCUGCAUCACUGUAAUUUAGUCUACUUGAUGUAACUAUACUAUACCUUAAGAGAAUGUAAUACUUAGCGUUAGUGACAGGAUUAGAUUUGAUAGUAGUUUGCCUCGACAAAGUAUCAAUGCUUGUUCAUCGUUCCCAAAUUUUCUGAACAAGACCAAAUAAUGCAAUAUUAUUAAUCGGGCCGAGAAAAAUUUGGGAAAUAUAUUUUCACACCUUCCUUAUUGACUUGUAAUUAAGUACUAUGCUUGCCAUUCAUGAAGUCUCGCAAAGAUUUAGAAAUCAAGUAAAGUUUGCUGAAAGUGAAG